GUUUGAUAUCUACACGCAGCACGAAUUUUUCGAUAGAGACUUGUGACGUCUAUAGAUUAUAUCCCUCACCAACAACAUUUAUUUUGCAGCUUAGAUUACACUGUAGUUGUAUUAGUAAUUAGGCUAAUCUGUUACUCACAAUUAUCGAAUUUUUCUUUUAUCUUAGCAUUAACGUUGGGGAAUUCAAGCCAAUAAAUUGUUAUUGGUUAAAUGCAAUUAAUACUUCAAGUAUACUUUAUUAUUUUGUAUAUAGAUAGUUCAUUCACAUUUUAAAUUCGAAAAUGUUGUUCUUUGGAAUAUUAUCGCUUCUUCUGGCAGUUACAUCUGCAGAAGUUUGUUAUAAAGCAACAGAAGCUGCUUGCCUUCCGAAUGGUGCUAAUAAGAGCUCAGACAUACGUUUACCAGAAUGUAAUGCUGUAUAUGGAUCAAUUAAAGAUGUGCAAGUCAAUUUACAAAGUUUCGCAAUGGCUAAUCUCGAAACCAGUUUCAAAUUUUUAUUCAUGUCGAGUUAUGUUGGCACCUACGAAUAUAAUCGCGAAGGGUUCAAAAAAUUAUAUCGUAAACAUUCUGACAAAUUGUGGGAUGAUGCAGUUGAUGUAAUGAAAUAUAUCACUAACCGUGGUGGUUCAAUGAACUUCGAACAACCAUCGCAGUUGAGUGCAAAUGUAUCACAGGGUAGCUUAGACUUAAGUGAGCUCCCCAGCUUAAGUAGAGCACUUGAUAUUCUUAAAGAACUUGCUGAUGCAGCAUUCAGAAUUCAUAAGAAAGCACAGGAGCAUAACAGUCAUGACCCAGCAAUUGCUCAUUACAUCGACGAACAGUUCUUAGAAUCGCAUACUGAACGUGUACGAGAACUGGCUGGCUAUGUAACUGAACUGAAGAAAUUAUCGUCAGCUCAAGAUUAUGCUGUUGCUACAUUCUUAUUUGAUGAAUACCUUCAAAAAAGUUUGUAAAUUGUUUCUAAUUUUAACUACAGAUACAUAAUACAGAAUUUUACAUUUAUUAUUAUUAUUCAAAUUCUCUACGUCAAGAACUUGCUUAGGGGAAAGUAUAUCCUUUCCUUUAUUUCUAGUUAUACAAAGAUCUAUAUAUAUAUAUAAAGUUAAUGAAUGUACCAUAAAAUGUUAUUCUUUUCUUUUUUUAUCGACAUAUUUCAUCCAAUAAAGAGCAGACUUUAUUAGUUA